UCAUUUUUUUUUUUUUAUGUCUUUUAUGCUUUUCUGUCUUUGCUUGUUGCCCCUGUAAUAAUGACUCAACUCUUCAGAUCCAAGUCUUGUAAACUUGGAGGAGGUAUGAUGGUUUUGAACUACUCUCCCCCGAGUCCCUCUCUAUAUCUCACAAAUGAUGAAGACGAAGAAGAGGAAGAGGAAGAGGAAGAGGAAGAAGAAGAAGAAGAAGAAGAGGAGUUCGAAGAUGACGAAGACGAAGAUGAGUAUUUUAUGAAUCCCAUAUCCACUCCACUGAUCGUUACAGCGGGAGGGAGAGAGCGGAGUACUAGUAGGAAAGAUCAGGAUCACCAGUACCCUAUUUUGGCGAUUCUGGUGGCGGCGCUGAGGAAGUCGCUGGUCACCUGUACUGUGGACAGACAGGAUAUUAGUUCCAUGGAUAUCGGCUGGCCGACUGAUUUCCGCCAUGUCUCCCACGUUACUUUCGAUCGCUUCAACGGUUUUCUUGGUUUGCCUGUUGAGUUCGAGCCCGAGGUUCCCAGGAGGGUCCCCAGUGCCAGUGCAAGCGUAUUUGGAGUUUCUGCAGAGUCUAUGCAAUGCUCCUUUGAUCACAGGGGAAACAGCAUACCAACGAUUCUUCUCAUGAUGCAAAGGCGCAUGUAUUUGGAAGGAGGCCUUCAAGCAGAAGGAAUAUUCCGUAUCAAUGCGGAGAAUAGCCAAGAGGAGUUUGUUCGUGACCAGCUAAACCAGGGUGUUGUAGCCCACGGAAUCGAUGUGCAUUGUUUGGCAGGUUUGAUAAAGGCAUGGUUUAGAGAACUUCCUACAGGGGUACUUGACUCUCUUACCCCAGAUCAGGUAAUGCACUGCAACACAGAAGAAGAUUGCACUCGACUUGUAAGAUUACUGCCACCGACAGAAGCUGCAUUGCUCGACUGGGCCAUCAAUCUGAUGACAGACGUUGUGCAGUAUGAACAUCAGAACAAGAUGAAUGCUCGCAACAUUGCUAUGGUUUUUGCACCCAAUAUGACUCAGAUGGCAGAUCCCUUAACUGCACUGAUCCAUGCAGUUCAAGUGAUGAACUUUCUCAAGACUCUGAUCCUGAAAAACCUUCGUGAGAGAGAAGAAUCAGCUGCUGAGGCUAGAUUAUCAUCGUCUUCAUGCUCUCCAGACGAGAAGGAUGAAUCCCCGUCACCAGUGCUAAACAUUGAAACUGAUGGCAGAUCCUUCAAUGCAACAACUGGUGUUUAUGUUGGUGAUGGAACCGUUGUCUCACCUAACAUUCUAGGCAGCCCCAGCAGUGGAGAAUCUGGAAGUGAUACCGAGACAAGGUUUUGGAGCUUUUCGAAGAGCAAGGCUGAUGUGGAACCUGAAUUUACUCCCUGGAAUGACACACAUGUGAAGUGUGACGUUGGGGCUCUAGGGAAUGACUGUGGAGGUGGUUACAGUAGUGGGGAAGUUGAAGGGUUCUUGGAUAGGUUGAGCUUGAGAAAAGGAGUGAAGAAGCUCUGCAGGCACCCAGUCUUUCAAUUGAGUAAGCCGGUCAAAAAGCCUGAAAAUCUUGGCAUUGUAAAUAGUAGGGGACGGGGUGGAGAGGCUUGGGCAUAAGAUAGUUGCUCGAGUCAGGUCAUGUAACUGUGUGUGCGUGUGUUGAAUUGAGGCCUUAAUGUUUGUGGAAUAUU